AUGGAAUUGACAGAAGGAAACUACACCUUGGUGACAGAAUUUAUUCUAUUAGGGUUUCCAACUCGCCCUGAACUGCAGAUUGUGCUAUUUCUCUUGUUUCUGACAUUGUAUGGUAUAAUUUUAAUGGGCAACAUUGGGUUGAUGAUAUUGAUUAGAAUUGAUUCGCACCUCCAAACACCCAUGUACUUUUUUCUUAGUAACCUAUCCUUUGUAGACCUUUGUUUUUCCUCAGCCAUUGUUCCAAAAAUGCUGAUUAAUUUUCUCACAGAGAAAAAAUCUAUUUCCUAUUAUGGCUGUGCCCUGCAGUUUUAUUUUUCCUGUGCCUUUGCAGAUACAGAAUCCUUUAUCUUGGCGGCCAUGGCGUAUGAUCGCUAUGUCGCCAUCUGUAACCCUUUACUGUAUUCAGUUGUGAUGUCUCGGGGCAUCUGUGUGUGGCUGAUAGCCUUGUCAUAUGUUGGAGGCAAUGCGAGUUCCCUGGUUCACACAUCCUUUGCCUUUAUUUUGAAAUAUUGUGACAAGAAUGUUAUUAAUCAUUUUUUCUGUGAUCUCCCUCCUCUGCUUAAGCUAUCCUGCACAGACACUUCAGUUAAUGAGUGGCUCCUCUCCACAUAUGAAAGCUCAGUGGAGAUUAUCUGUUUUAUCAUCAUCAUUGUCUCAUACUCUUUUAUCCUUGUCUCAGUCUUAAAGAUCCGCUCUACCAGUGGGAGGAAGAAAACCUUCUCUACAUGUGCUUCUCACCUGACUUCUGUGGCUAUCUAUGAGGGGACUCUUCUCUUCAUUUAUUCACGGCCCAGCUCCCUGUAUUCUCCCAACAUUGACAAGAUUAUCUCAGUGUUCUACACCAUUGUCAUCCCAGUGCUGAAUCCAUUAAUUUAUAGUUUGAGAAAUAAAUAUGUAAAAGAUGCAGCUAAGAAAGCUUUAAGAUCGGGAACCAGCAGUUAG